AAAGUUCCUUAAAAAAAGAAAAAGAAAUUUAUAAGCAUUUUACUCUAUCUCCAAAAGUUCCAAGGAAAGAGAAAAGGGACCUGAAAAUAUCCAAACGAUAGAUUUUAAUUAAUAGCAAUUCGUGACAUUAUCCGUUUUCUUCACAUUUCCCCCUUGUAACCUCACCCAAAUUCUCGUAUUUCCGUCGUUGUUCACAUUCCCGCCGGCGGCUGGAACACAAUCGCCGGCAACCAACACACAAUUUUCCCAGUAGUAAUGAAGUCCAUAUCGCCCCUAUUCUCAGUUUCCACUCCCAAGUCUCCAGUUCUCAUCUUCACUCCUAUUUCCCAAGGAUUUUCAUCUGCCAAAUUUGCAGCCUCUCGACAGCGAAAGUCACCAUCUUUAAAAUCAGCUAAAACACUGUCUCCAACACUUACCGUGGACCCCAUAACUACGCCCACAUCUACUUCCACUUCCACCCCUCCCAAAAAGGUUCUUGUGCCAAUUGGAUUUGGCACUGAAGAAAUGGAAGCUGUAAUAUUGGCUGAUGUUCUGCGCCGGGCUGGUGCAGAGGUAACAAUUGCGUCAGUAGAGCAGCAGUUGGAAGUUGAAGCAUCAGGAGGAACUAGGCUAGUUGCCGAUACUUUCAUCUCUGCUUGUUCCACUCAAAUAUAUGAUCUUGUUGCAUUGCCGGGAGGAAUGCCAGGUUCUGCUCGUUUAAGAGACUGUGAAGUUCUCAAGAAGAUCACAAGCAGGCAAGCUGAGGAGAAGCGACUUUAUGGUGCCAUAUGCGCUGCUCCAGCAGUCACUCUUUUGCCUUGGGGUCUUCUCAAGAGGAAACAGUCCACUUGUCAUCCUGCAUUUAUGGACAAAAUUUCAUCCUUCCGGGCGGUGAAAACUAGCACUCAAGUCUCUGGGGAGCUAACAACAAGCCGUGGUCCUGGUACUUCAUUUGAGUUUGCCGUAUGUUUAGUGGAUCAGCUGUUUGGUGAGUCUGUUGCCAAAGAUAUUGGAGAACUAUUGUUAAUGAAUCCCGCAGACGAUGACCCAAAGAGACAAGAAUUUAAUGAAGUUGGAUGGUCUCUAGAUCACACCCCGCAAGUUCUCAUUCCAGUAGCUAACGGGUCUGAAGAAAUUGAAGUUGUUACAUUGAUAGACAUUCUAAGACGAGCAAAGGUGAAUGUUGUGGUGGCUUCAGUGGAAAAAUCAGCACAGGUCUUGGCAUCAAGUGGAACAAAAAUUGUUGCAGACAAGUUGAUUGAUGCUACUGCUGACUCCAUAUAUGACUUGAUUAUCCUCCCGGGAGGAACUGCUGGGGCUGAACGGCUGCACAAGUCAAAAGUUCUGAAGAAGUUGCUUAAGGAACAAGAAUCAGCCGGAAGAAUAUUUGGUGCAAUCUGCUCUUCACCUGUAGUCUUGCAGAGACAGGGGUUAAUAAAGGACAAGAAAGCCACUGCACAUCCUGCCAUCAUAAACAAGCUCAAAGAUGGGGUGAAUGAUGCUCAAGUAGUUAUUGAUGGUAAACUCAUCACAAGCCAGGGGCUUGCUACAGCAACACAGUUUGCAUUGACUAUUGUGAGCAAGCUUUUCGGGCAUGCAAGGGCAAGGAGUGUAGCGGAAGGCCUUGUCUAUCAGUACCCUAGGAGCUAGAAAUAUCAGUCCUGCAAACUUUAGAGUGCCCAAGUAUGUUAAAGGGGCAGCUUAAAAUGAUGGACUACAUACUUCACUGUCCAGUACAAGAAAACACAAGUUUUGGUCCCUGAUGACUUGGUAGCAGACAUAACAAGCUUAAGGGUGAAGUUUUCCUAAGUCUGUCAAAGGUAUUCGAUUUAUUUCAAUGCAGUAGCCAAGUCAGCGUUUAUCUGCAAUCAUGACAAACUGGGUGGAUAUCUCAGAGCAAGAUGGUUUAUACAUGCACUUUUAUCCUUUUCCCUUUUCUUAAGAAGAUAUAGUCCUAACCUUACAAUACAGAGUUCUACCAGAUCUUACCUUGCAUUAGGGCAUCUACUAUCACUCUGCCUGGCAUGCAUUGGAAAGAGGGAAGAUAAAAGCAAUGACAACAGUGAUUGGCAAAUUGCCCCUCACCUUAUCUUAGUCUCAUCUCUCAAGUUUCUUUUCUUCGCGUAGGAUUGGCCUCCAGAAUCAUGUUUAUUGGCAUUUAGAGCAUAAAUAGAGAAAGAAAGAGUGCUGCUUAUAUGUUGUACCUGAUCUUGGUUUAUACUGGACAAUAGAUUCUUUUGUAGAUUUGGAAUUAUAUUCUGUGUAAUCUCAUAAUCCAGGAGACUGCAAGAAUACUGUUCAUCUUUACUAAUGAGCACUUUGGAAAUGA